CUUCCCACACUGGGUGGUUUCAGCUGUCCCGUGAAACGGCUCUAGCUCCUGACAUACUUAGGAAGUAUGCAACGCCUGCCACUUCGUAUUGACGAGUUUGACUACAGGCUGCAACGAACAGUUACUUCAGGUGACGCAACGGUCCAUAGAGACCAUUCUAGAUUGGGCUUAGCCAGGCACCGGCUUUGGCCUGGCAAGGGGCACGCAACGCCCUACUCGACCGUUUGGAUCGCCAUUCGGCAGGGCUGACCGGCGGCCUGACGUCCGAACGGCCACUUGGAACGCGGCUGUGUUUCGCGAUGGUGUCCUUGCCAAAGUCACAUGAAUCUUAAAGAGUCAGGUCGCAUUCUCUCCCGCCGCCUGUCGCCCGUCCAUAUUUUUAUGCUCUACCUUACCUUGCCGCAUGCGCACGUACACGUAGAGCACACUGGCACUCACAUCCUCCAUCAAGUCGGCUCACCAUUCGCAAUCAGCCCCGGCCCGGGACCCACCUCCCGAGUCCCGCUCGGCAAUUUGACUUUCCGAACCAACACCCGGGGCUCGGCCAUGGAGUUUAUCCUCCGACUCGUCCGGCGACCCGCCGCUUCCGCCGAGUCCCUACUUCUACAAGGCCCAAGACCUCAAAAUGAAACCUUAUCCAGAGACGCCGCUGCCACCUCGAAACCAGCAACAGAACUAGCACGCCGCCGUCCAAAACAACGGCCCGGCCAGACAACCCUCAUGACGCUGCCCCCGGAGCUCCACCUGCUCAUCGCGCAGCACCUCACCUACCCGGACGCGCUCUCCUUCAGGCACACCAACCGCCACUUUUACCAGCUGGUCGACACAGGCGUGCGGCUCAAAGUGGCAUGGCUGAUGGAGCGGCGGCUGCUGCAUCUCGAGUGCCCGAAUGACCAGCGUUGCGAUCUGGGGAGUGAUUUGAGGUUUUGUCGAGGGAGUGUAAGGCUGUUGAUGCAACGGCGCAGAGAACACAUCGAGUGCGAGUCGCGGCCGGGACUGGGGUGUCUGAUCUACGGAACCAGCACGUGUCCGCACGCCAGGAAGAUUAGGACGCGAGUCAAGAAGUGGAUGCGCAUGCAUUCCGCUGACCAGACGCGGUGGGUGUUAUUUCUUGCGUCACUGCUGCCGUUGUUAGUUGGGUGGCUGUGGAUGCUUGGUGUCAUGACUCGGCAUGUUCUGAUUCGGAUUCUUUGACCAGUCUGACGGCAUGUCUGGGCAAGUUGUGUUGUGUUGUCCGCCUGCGAUGAGCUAGUUGCGGCGCCUUCCUGCAGAUCGGUCGGAGUACUUGUACUUGUAAUAACGGUGUAUCACUGUCUUAGGUUCGGG